AAACCAAUAAUGUAGCGAAGAAAUUGCAGCGACCGGCGACAAGUACCUCAAAUAUUUACAGAGCGGGCUAUAUCACCACUCAGGUUUAACUAUUAAUGGUUGCUGAAUUAGUAUUAGUUGCUGAGUGAGCUUGGAAAUAGUGUACGGGUAUAGAUGUUCAUAAAUGUAUAGGUUGUUUGCAUGGGUGGGCGGUGAUACAGUUUUCUAUUUUGGAAUGUUAACUAGCUUUCCUAUACGGAUAUAGGCCUACAUAUAAGUAGGAAUAGGAGUAAGAACAACUUACUAUAUAGUUUUAACUCGCAAAGCUUUUUAAAAGAUACUCUUUUCCAUACGCUUUUUACCCGUAUAGCAUGUUUUACCGAUUAUCAGUUUGUAUUCGAAGAGAAAAAUACAAUUAAUUGAAAUGCUUUCAAUCAAUUAUAAUGACAACUACACAAAACUUAUUAACCAACAAAAAUGGCAUUUCACUUCAGGCGUUUAGGUUUAAAUUUGUUAAAAUCAAAGAACAAAAUGCCCACCUACAAGCUAUGUUACUUCAACCUCCGUGGUCUUGGAGAAAUGGCGAGAAUCGUAUUCGCUGAAGUUGGCGUUGAAUACACGGAUGAAAGGCUGGAGCGAGAAGGGGCUGACUGGGCUGAACGAAAACCUAAGACGCCAUUUGGAAAGUUGCCGAUUCUUUUCGUAGAUGAUGUUCAAAUUGCGCAUAGUAGGGCAAUAUUGCGUUAUCUUGGUCGUAUAUUUAAUUUAAUGGGAUCAAAUGAGUUGGAAGCGGCGCUGGUUGAUAUGUGGAUUGAAGUUUUGUUUGAAUCUGCCAUGGCAUAUCCAUUCAAUGAACAAGACGAAAAGAAAAAGGCGGAGCUGGCUGACGCUCUUUGGAACGAUAACCUAUUACCGAAGCUGGCAAAAGUAAACGAACAAAUUAUAAAAUCAGGUGGACCAUACAUACUAGGAGAGAAACUCUCUGUUGCUGACAUUGCCCUGUUUUCUAAAUUUGAACUAUUGAAAGUUUGGUUUGCCGAUAAAUCAUUGGAAUCGGUUCCAUAUGUUACCAAGAUGAUCGAAACGCUUGAAAAUCGACCGAAAAUUGCUGCUUGGCUAAAGAAACGUCCCGCGUCCUAUAUAUAAUGUACAUGUAAAAUGCUCAUAUGAUCGCCCGUCAAAAUAAUGUAUAUAACAAUAAAACUUGGUGAAACGUG